AAAACACGGGAAGGCAAUACACGCUUCCUCAUAGGCAACCGACCCUUCGCAACCAUCGAUGACGUCCUCGACCACUACCACCGACACCCACUCAGCGACGAUCUGUGCCUGCGAGAUCCUGUCACCACCCACAUGUCAGAACAAGCCGAGCGCUCGCCAGCCCGCAAACAGGGUGCGCCUAUCACCACCCACACAUCGCGCAUUCGUUGCUACGACUACCCGUCGGCUGCUAUGGCCCCACCCCCGGGGACGAACGAGCGCAGCGUGGGCGACGGCGGGAAUGCGGCUGGGAACUCCAGUGCAAACGGCCUGGACACGGAGAACGGGUCACAGGCGUCGAGAGUACGUGCGAUCAGUGAGAGCACUACGCUGGCGCAGCUGAUGCAGGAUGAUCAGCAACGGCAGUUAUUCCGCGAGUUUCUAGAGAUGGGCCAUGUGGAGGAAGGCCUCAUGUUCUUGGAUGCUGUGAAUGCGUACAAGGAGUAUGUCACAGCCAACGCCAGCCCAGACCGAGAUAUCACACAUAGCAACGUGGGCAAGGCACAUGCCAUGAGCAAGGACUUGUUCGUCAAAUACAUGACACCGGCCAGCAUGUACGAGGUGGACCUGCCCAUGAGCACUGUACGAGAGGUGCGGAAAAGCCUGGAGAAGCUUCACACCCUGGGGGAUCUGAGUGUGCAGUAUCGCAAGCUGCUGUGCCUAUUUGACACUGCGUACGAGGCUGUUCUGACGAAUAUGCGUGUGGAGCAUUUCCCCAAGUUCAAAGAGUGGCGAGCGACCUUGGA